AUGGUUAAAAAUGGCGAUCUAAUUUUUGAAAGUUGCGGGUCAAUUUUAAAGUUCCGGUUGUUUAAGUCACAAAGUAUAAAGAACGUUCACGCAGACACCUCUGGCGUUUCGUUAUCUGAUGACUUCGAGCUGUCUGUCCAAUCUGACGUUCCGGUUUCUUCAGUUCCUGUUCCUGAUGAAGUUGGUGACGACAACGAUGUUCUCAUUGAUGAUCCGAGACUUCUACAUGUUACUGAAUGCGUGCUCUCUGCCGAAUUCAAAGUUCUGGUCGCCUCAAUUGCUGUUCCUGAUGAAAUUGGCGACGACAGCAGAGGCCGUGGCGUUGUUGUGGUUGUUUCUGUCGUUUCUGUUGCUUUGGGAGUAGCCAUCGUUGUUACUGUGGGAAGCUCUGUCGUUGUUCUUGUAGAAGGCUCUGUUGUUGUCGUUUUUGGUGUCAUUGUAGGUCGUGUGGUCGUGGCAGAUGUAGAAGUAGUCGUCAGUGUAGAAUCAAUCGUCGUCAGUGUAGAGGGUGAUAAAAACGGUCAGAAAGGUCUAGAUACUGUUUUCUUUUUUUACCGAGAGAUUGGGGUUUUAUGA